GGCCCCAGCUACAAAACCGCUGCGUGUCGUGACAGAAGGCCCCCAUCUUGUACGAACUUGUGUUCAUUUUUCAUUGGCCCCCAAAUUCGUGUACGUUCCAGAUCUCAUCAACCCCACAAAUCAACGGUCACGAUCACCCUCCUCUCUCUCCUACCCAAUAUGGUGACGGGCAGCUGCCCGCAACCCUCCUCUCCGCAUAGAAAAAGCAGAUUUUCGAUCGUAUUCCAUGCAUUAUUUUUCGUGCUUGAUUCUUCCAACUUGUGGUGAUAUUAUAUGUGUACAGAAAAAUCUGACAAGAUUUCAGUAGAUUUAUAAGCCUGAUUCAAUUGUUGCAAUGGCUGGUAUAGUUGAGACGCAGACGGCUACCCCUAUUGAGGCCAGUUCCAAAUCCAGGAGCAGGAUGGAAAUUCAUCGCCUUAAUUUCGACCUCACCGAUUCUGCCAUGGCGCUCCCGCCGCUGCUCAGGAAGAGGCGGCGCAAGGUCGAUGCGGUGGUUCAGAACUCCGAUCUUGACCUGAAUUUUUGUACGAAACGCUUGAAGGCUCACGAAUGUCCGAGAUUCGGCGUGACGUCUGUUUGCGGGAGGAGGAGGGAUAUGGAAGACGCGGUAGCGAUUCGCCCUUCCUUUUGCGGUAAGGAUACUGAUGCUCCCGGCGGUUUGCACUUCUUCGGAGUGUUCGACGGCCAUGGCUGCUCGCACGUGAGCAGGCGGUGCAAGGAGCGGAUGCACGAGAUCGUGAGGGACGAGUACGAGAAUGGCGGCUAUUCGUCGUGGGAGGAUACGAUGGCGCGGAGUUUCACGAAGAUGGAUGAUGACGUGGCGGAGUGGUCGAGCGGCCGAGCCUCCACCUCCUCCGCCUCCAGCUGCCGCUGCGAGAUGCACACUCCGCAGCGCGACUCGGUCGGCUCCACCGCAGUCGUGGCGGUGGUCUCCCCCGAGAAGAUCGUCGUGUCCAAUUGCGGUGAUUCUCGCGCCGUUCUAUGCCGGAACGGCGUCGCGAUUCCUCUCUCCGUGGAUCACAAGCCGGACAGACCGGAUGAGCUCCGCCGUAUAGAGGAAGCCGGCGGCCGCGUCAUUUACUGGGACGGUCCGAGAGUUCUCGGCGUCUUAGCCAUGUCCCGCGCCAUAGGUGACAGUUAUCUGAAACCGUACGUGAUCCCGGAGCCGGAGGUGACGGUGACGGAUCGGACGGCGGAGGACGAGUGCCUAAUCCUGGCCAGCGAUGGGCUGUGGGACGUGGUCUCCGACCAAACCGCUUGCGGCGUGGCGCGCAUGUGCCUCCAGUCGCGGAAACCGGCUCCGCAAUCUCCAGAAGGCGAUGAGGCCGGAGAUAGCUCGUAUAAGGCUUGCUCCGACGCCUCCAUUUUAUUGACGAGGCUGGCUUUGGCGCGGAACUCAACGGAUAAUGUUAGUGUUGUGGUGGUGGAUUUGAGGAGGAGACAAUGAGUUUAUUAUAUUUAUAUAGUAUAUAUUUACGAUGAUAAUUAGCUACCCUAAACUCAUUAUUUUUUGUUUUUUUAUGCACUUAGUACUUUAACUAAUGUAUAUAUUUAGGUAUAAUAAUUUCUUUAUCCCACCUUGAAAAAGGACAAAA